CCCGGGACCCCCAGGUCCUGCCCAGCUCCGGCCGCACGCUCCUCCCUGUCCCGCCGCCUGCGCGCCGACACGAAGUGACAGGCCUCUGCACCAUUCAUGCCCCGGCUGGGCCGGGCCGGCGCUCACCGCCGCCGCGCGCCCGCUCCUACCCUCGGGUUUCUAGGUCGCCCGCGCUCCCCGCAGCCGCGUUUCCCUCCGGGGCCCUCGGGUACCCCAUGAGGACUCCGUAGCCCUGGCUUUGGUUUCUGCCCGCUGGGGACUGGGAUAGGGGCGGAGGUUCUCACUUCUGCCGCUGCGGGUGAGGCAAAGCAAGCUCUGCAUCCCUCUCCUCGGCCUUGGUGUCCCCUCUGUCCUCCUGUUCCCUCUAGACCGAGUGAAUCCAGGUGCCCUGAGUGGCUCGCUGGGUCAGGCCCGCGCGGCCUGCUGGAGGACCUUGGGGUCUUUGAAGCCUGGGGGAGAGUUCAGAGCGGCAGAACAGCGCAGGGCUGGCUGGGUGCCAGGCGCUCCCGGGUUCACCUGCAGUUUAAUAAGCGCGAGGUCCAGGUGUUUCCAGAGAAUGGCUCAGGUUGGAGCACCAAGAAGGAAGGCAGUGUGGACAAGCCAGUGGCCAGGCCGGCCCAGCCGCGGCCCCCAAGAGUGGCUUGGUCAGGGAAAAUCUGUGCCUCCUGAACAUCUGGUGGAAGGUUUCCGAGAGAGCGCUUUUGCCUACGCCAUCGCGGCAGCUGGUGUGGUGCACGCCGUGUCCAAUGCGUGUGCCCUGGGCAAACUGAAGGCCUGUGGCUGUGAUGCGUCCCGGCGAGGGGACGAGGAGGCCUUCCGAAGGAAGCUGCACCGCUUACAACUGGACGCACUGCAGCGUGGUAAGGGCCUGAGCCAUGGGGUCCCGGAACACCCAGCCCUGCCCACAGCCAGCCCAGGCCUGCAGGACUCCUGGGAGUGGGGUGGCUGCAGCCCCGACAUGGGCUUCGGGGAACGCUUCUCUAAGGACUUUCUGGACUCCCGGGAGCCUCACAGAGACAUCCACGCGAGAAUGAGGCUUCACAACAACCGAGUUGGGAGGCAGGCAGUGAUGGAGAACAUGCGGCGGAAGUGUAAGUGCCACGGCACGUCAGGCAGCUGCCAGCUCAAGACGUGCUGGCAGGUGACGCCCGAGUUCCGCACCGUGGGGGCGCUGCUGCGCAGCCGCUUCCACCGCGCCACGCUCAUCCGGCCGCACAACCGCAACAGCGGCCAGCUGGAGCCGGGCCCAGCGGGGGCACCCUCGCCGGCUCCGGGCGCUCCCGGGCCGCGCCGACGGGCCAGCCCCGCCGACCUGGUCUACUUCGAAAAGUCGCCCGACUUCUGCGAGCGCGAGCCGCGCCUGGACUCGGCGGGCACCGUGGGCCGCCUGUGCAACAAGAGCAGCGCCGGCUCGGAUGGCUGCGGCAGCAUGUGCUGCGGCCGUGGCCACAACAUCCUGCGCCAGACGCGCAGCGAGCGCUGCCACUGCCGCUUCCACUGGUGCUGCUUCGUGGUCUGCGAAGAGUGCCGCAUCACCGAGUGGGUCAGCGUCUGCAAGUGAGCGGCCCGGGGUCCCCUGGGCCCUGAUAGAGGUCCCUUCCUGGAGCCUGGCCCUCUGAGGCUUACGGUCUUGGCAAGGCAGCAUCGCCUUGGCUCUUGAGAGAAGAGAUUGGACCACAUGAUCUUAUAGGAACCCCUCAGCUCUGAGGUCUGUGAUCGCCGGACAGUCCAAGGCCUGUCUGAACCCCACCACUCACUUCUGUGGGCUCUAGGACUGACUGGGUUCUUCCUCCCUCCCCCAAGCCCAGACAGUUCAGUUGGGCUGGGGGUUGCUCCACACCCUAAAACAAGCCUCAGCCAGGCAACCCCUCAGUCUGUCUCCAUCCUUUCACCCCUUCCCUGGAGAUGGGAGGUGGGGAAUGAAUGGAAGCUGACGGGCAGACAGAGGAGGAUUAAAAAAAGAAAUAGACAUAACUGAGCUGAAGUAAUUCCAUAAAGGGCCCAGACAGCCUCCCCCACCAUUCCCCUCAUCAUUCAUUUAACAAAUAUUUAUUUUGCACUCUCUUUGCGGCACUCUGGGGGUGGUGGGGUGCGUGGGGGUGGCAAUGCGAGGCACUGGGGCCACAGAUGUGAGUAAGCGAGACACAACACUUGUCCUCUUGGAGGUUACAUUCUU